AAUAUCUUGGGAAACAAUCUACACGAUCCAAAACCCCCGUCUCUAUCCCCAAAACCCUCACUCUCUCUCUCUCUCUCUCUCUCAUCCAAUGGGCAGCAACCAGGCCGCGGUCACCUUCCUAACCAACCUCGCCCGCGCCGCCUUCGGCCUCGGCGUCGGCGCCACCGCCCUCAACUCCUCGCUCUACACCGUCGACGGCGGGCAGCGCGCCGUCCUGUUCGACCGCUUCCGCGGCGUCAUCGACCAAACCGUCGGGGAGGGCACACAUUUCCUCAUCCCCUGGCUCCAGCGGCCCUACAUCUUCGACAUCCGCACCCGCCCCCACACCUUCUCCUCUGUCUCCGGCACCAAAGACCUCCAGAUGGUCAACCUCACCCUCCGCCUCCUCUCCCGCCCCGAGGUUAACUCCCUCCCGAGAAUCUUCCAAACCCUAGGCCUCGAGUACGACGAGAAAGUCCUCCCUUCGAUCGGCAACGAGGUCUUAAAAGCCGUCGUGGCCCAAUUCAACGCCGAUCAGUUAUUAACUGAUCGGCCGCUCGUGUCGGCGCUGGUGAGGGAGAGCCUGAUGAAACGUGCGAAGGAUUUUAAUAUCGUCUUGGAUGACGUGGCGAUAACGCAUUUGUCGUACGGGGCGGAGUUCUCGAAGGCGGUGGAGCAGAAGCAGGUGGCCCAGCAGGAGGCGGAGAGGUCGAAGUUCGUGGUGGCCAAGGCGGAGCAGGAGAGGAGGGCGGCAAUUAUAAGGGCGGAGGGGGAGAGCGAGUCGGCGAAGCUUAUAUCAGAGGCAACCGCAGCGGCGGGGAUGGGGUUGAUUGAGCUGAGGAGGAUCGAGGCAUCGAGGGAGAUCGCGGCGACACUGGCCAGGACGCCGAAUGUCACGUACCUGCCUCAGGAGCAGAAGAUUUUGAUGGGGCUUAAUGCACGCUGAAUCGGGCUAGUUGGUGGUUGAUCCAGCUUUAGAUCGUUGAUGAUGGUGCCACCUACUAGAUGUCCUCUGUUGCACAUUUGAGACUUACCUAUCUUCGGAGAUUUACGAGUUAUUAGGAUUAAAAGUUCUUUUGGAAACAAAAUGCUGCUUUUGGGAUGUAUAUGGCGUACUUUUCUUUUGGAUAUAU